CCAUCUCUUGUGUUUUAUUGGCCAGCUGCUGUUGAAGUAGAGCGAUGUGAUUGGCUGAUCUCUCCUGGACUUCCUGUAGCAGAGCGAUGUGAUUGGCUGAUCUCUCCUGGACUUCCUGUAAUCUCUGGACUUCCUCUUGAAGAUGAUGAAGGUCACGAAAGUCUCUAUUGGCAAACAUCUUCAUCAUCACAUCCAGACCAUCAGAGCUGAAAGUGAGCGAGAGGCUUCAUCAUCAUCUUCAGGCAUGUGUUAUUUAUAUCGGCCCAGAACAGCACAGCUAAUCUACAAAAGCCCGUCCGUCCGAACCCAUUGUCCAGAAGCAUUCGGGAUCCUCUCUGUCCUCAUGGCGCCCAAGAAAGCGAAGAAGAGGUCGGCGGACGGAGCGAACUCCAACGUCUUCUCCAUGUUUGAGCAGGCUCAGAUCCAGGAGUUCAAGGAGGCCUUCACCAUCAUGGACCAGAACAGAGACGGCUUCAUAGACAAGAACGACCUGAGGGACACGUUCGCAGCUCUCGGGCGUGUGAAUGUGAAGCAGGAGGAGAUCGACGAGAUGCUGAAGGAGGCUUCGGGCCCCAUCAACUUCACCGUGUUCCUCACCAUGUUCGGGGAGAAACUCAAAGGAGCCGAUCCCGAGGAAACCAUCCUGAACGCCUUCAAGGUGUUCGACCCCGAGGGCAAGGGCAUCCUGAAGAAGGAGUAUGUGACGGAGAUGUUGACCACACAGGCGGACAGAUUCUCCACAGAGGAGAUGGAGCAGAUGUUCAACGCUUUCCCUCCAGAUGUUGCGGGAAACCUGGACUACAAGAAUCUGGUGCACAUCAUCACUCACGGAGAGGAGAAGGACCAGGAGUAAUCCGUCAGGCCUCAGCCAAUCACAGCGCUUGGGCCUGCCCACUGAUUAAUGAUUGACAGGUGUGAAACCUGAGGUCACUGAAGUGAGAAUGGCCAGAUAUGAUUGAAGGAUGUUCUUGGCAUGUUAACCUGUCAACAUUUCCAUGCAAAAUACUGUAAUAAAUAAAUAAAUGAACAUGAAAUAUU